UUAAGUUAUUUAUUUUUCACCGUAUGAUUUGUCCAGGUUAUUAACUGAAUAAGCACAUCGUCCAGAUAGGUUUAGAUUCGGAAAUGUAAAAAAAAGAUAAUAAUAUAUCGAUAUGUCAUUGUUAGAUAUUUGUAUCGUAUUCAUCGUCGAUUUUAAUUCGAUCAUCGACUUAUUUUUAUUAAAGAUUUGUUAUAACCUAUUUCCUUGAAUUUUAUUAUUUGCACCGGAGCAAUUACAAAAUACAGCAUUCAUCUAAAUGAAGACAUUUAGAAUAUUGUAGUAUGGAAGAUAAAAAAAGACCUCGUUUACACCCGGUAUGUUUGUUUCAGGGAAUAUUAAGGGAAUAUUAUUAUUUUGAUUUGCGCGCACUGUUUAUAUAUAUAAUGAUGUAUUUAUAUUGUCGCGUAAUAUCUAGUAGAUAAUGCCAUAUGCAACUAACAAAUUUGGUCACAAAAUCUCAAUCCUGCGGUUGAGGAAGCACGUGGUUUGGCCCUGAGGUUCACGUGCUCUUGUAUUGAUAAAAGCUGCUAAUAAACGCUCAACGUGAUCAUUCACAAUGCUGUGGAUUUCUGGCUCGGUGGUCAUUUCAUUCACGAUACGCCAAAACAAUAAUUAACAUCUAAAACAAGCAGGAAAUAAAAAUCUUGAAACAUCCUUUGAUCUUGUAAUUCACAUCUUAUAUAUAUAUACACAAUCAAUUUAACAUAGUUUAUGUACAGAAUUAGCUGAUUAUUAUGUCAAGCCUAUCUGUUUUUUGAGUGUUUAAUAUAUUCCGGUAAAAUAUUUCGUGUUCUCACUCCUAUAUUGUUUUUUUCUGAAACCGAGCGUACUACAUACUAAAAUAUCUUUAUUGGUGCCUUUGAAAUAUUUCACCCAAAGUAAAUCUGAAACGAAAUAGGUUGCUAUUUUACUUAGACACAGAACAUAUACAUAUCGACUACAUUAGGAUAUUUUGUCGGCUAAAAAAAAUACAAUAAAAUAACAAAUCAGUUAUGUAACAAACUAAAUAAAUUCAUUUUUUACCAGCAUCUAUUAUAAUAAAAUAAGAAUGUUAUUAUUAUGUUGUUCCUAUAAUAAAAUCGCGUCGUCUUAAAUUAAUUUGUAUACCGUGAAUAAAACCAUCGCGCCAGUUUGAGUGUUCUUGCUGCUUAUUUUAUACUCUUAACAUCGGUGUCAUUUGAAAUCUGUCGUUUUUGUUGUUGUUUAAUUACUUUAUAUUUCUGGUCAGAUAAUUAUGUUUGUUUUACCUGUAUAGUCGACCUAUUUCGCACAGACAGCGCUAAACUUAUUUACUCCACCUUGACUAUAUAUCAUUAUCAUUUUUAAAUCUUCAUAUAAUCAAUGAGAUUAUUUGCACCGUCUUCGCGAGCUUUACGUUCAGAUCUAUAAUCUGGUGCAGCAUUAAAUUAAAAAAAAGAAUCACAACGGUGUGGAAGCUUGAAGAAGCACUUGAAUGAAGCAGUCCUGCAAGGGGAGGAGCUUGCCCGUGAACCCCAGUCUGUAUUGAGCUCGCGGCAGAAGAAAGCGUGCGCGCGCCAUACUGCUCGAAAAGCCGCUGUCGCCUCGGCCCAAAAUAUGUUCCAGCAAUGUCAUUCUCCGACAAAUUCUCCGCGGCGACUAUCACGCUCCCAGAAGGGAAACCUUCCGUCGCGCGGGUCUAAAGGAUCCUUCGCGUGGAGCUCGCGGGUCGUCGCGUCCUAACCCGGACCGCCAAGUCCAAAACAGCGGGACCACCCCGGCGCGCUCCGGACAGUAACACAGAUUCAGAUAUUCCCCUGCCGAGUGAGCCAUGGCUCUGCCGCGGCACCAGCUUCUCCACGGAGCCGUGAACUGGGAUGCAGCGCAGUUGGGUCCUGUCCAGGUUUCCCAUGCCAGCGCGUGCCCUAUCGGCGUUUCUAGCCGAAAAGAAGACCCCUUCUAUUUUUCCCUGGACCCAACAGGGCAAGCCAGACAGCAUCUCGACAUCUCCGCCUUCAGCAGGUUCGUGACAGACAUGGGCUCUCUGAACGGCGCUGACAACCAUCGCCCAGAAGCGUGCUUUUACUCCGGACACAAACUCCCGUCUCUCAACGCCGACGCGGAUCCAGAGAGCCCGUCGCACUCUUCCCACUCAGACUCCCAACGGUUGCACGGUCUGUCUCGCUCCGCGCCUUUCCGCUCGGAAAGUGACAAUAAGCCCGACGCGCGUUAUUUACCGACGGAAAGCACUAAGUACUCGAGCCAGUGGAGUGAAAGCAGAACCAACGGGAGCAUCAUCACCACGCUGAGCAUCAGUCAGAGGAGCAGAGACGACACAGAGCCAAAUAAUGUCCAGGCAGACUUCCCCGGGAGCGAUAAAACUCACAGAAAGGGAACUCAAGACGUGACUUUAGAAAACGCUGCGAAUGGCUGGCUGUCGGCGAAAGCAGGGAGGAAGAAGCGAUGUCCUUACAGCAAACACCAAAUCUUAGAGCUGGAAAAAGAAUUCCUGUUCAACAUGUACCUGACUCGCGAGCGCCGCCUGGAGGUCAGCCGGAGCAUUGACCUCACCGACCGCCAGGUUAAGAUUUGGUUUCAGAAUCGGAGGAUGAAACUGAAAAGAAUGACUCGAGAGCACCGGACGAGGGACCCCGGCACGGGCUUUACUGUCUAGUUUGCUAUGUAAGACGGUUAAAAAUCCCGAACUCAGCGCACAAAUCAUUGCAGCCAUCAUCCGGUGCAAGUGGAUUGAUGCAACCGCUGCUUCUGAUGGAUUAACGGGAGGAAACGAUAAGUCAAAUCUUACUCGGUGUUUCACAAUAAGCGUUCUAUAAGCCAAAUGUAAGGGAGAUAAAUUGAAUAUCUCGCAUGCAGAAAAGUGUAACGAAAUAAGAAGAGACGUUUUGGCUAUUCGGCGCAAGCAUAUCCUAUUCAAGGCCCUUGGACAAUGUUUACUGAUGUCGUUUAAGCAGUGUUUCCCCAGUAGCUUGUAUGUGGAUGUGUUUUUUUUUCCUUUUUACAGGUUAUGAGUGUAUAUAUUUAUAUAUUAGGUAGCUAACUUUGUGCGGACACUCCCGAGUAAAAAAAAAAAAAAUCUUAAAAGAAAAUGCAUUAUGAGAGGAGCAGUCACAUCAAGCACAGGUACUGUUUUUAUGCUGUUUAUAUAAACUGGAGUGAGAAGGCACGGAUUUUCUUCCCUUCUGCUGAAGCAUGGUCGAAUGUAUAACUUAAACUGUGAUUUUUCUAAAAGAAAAAGUUUCUGUUUUGGAAAAACAGUGCAUUUUUUUAAAAAUAAAGAUCGCACUUCGUCAGUGGGAAAGUACGGUGGUCGCUUUGAAAAUGACCUUAUUGGCCGUGUUCUAGUUUAGUAUUGUGACAAGACGACUGGAAAUAACAAGCAGAACGAUAAUGGUCAAAUCUGAAGAUGAUUUUAAGGAUUGCUGAUUAAAAUCACGACAACAUAUAGCUUGCAAUGGAAAAAACAUGGCAUUAAAGGAAUAAAGGCAUUUGGUAAUUGUAACAAUUACAAAACUUUA